AUGAAUAUGUUGGAUGAUGAAGAUGACCAAAGCUUUCACGCUACGCGUGACGGCUACUCCCAUUUGAGCGAUGUCGAAUGGGAUGCGGUUGAACGAAUGGGUUCGACCAUGGGCAUCCAUGCUGUUAGCGUCAUGCUAGAGGCUCUCAAUAGAGAUGCCCAACAUGCUACUAUCGCCAAGUUCAUUCAAAAUGAACUUGACGCAGAACGCGAGAAAGUAGCCUUGCUUCACCAACAAGGUUCUCAACAAGCAGAGUUGUUGAGAGAACAAGGUGCUCAACAGUUUGAACUGUUGAGACAGCAGCAAGCUGCUGCUGGCGGGUCGAUGCACUCGCGUCGACCCGAGACUUUGAAGAUUGACAUCUCAAAGGCGCGUCGCAUCGACGACGGGGAUAUGCAAGUUGCAUUUGCCCAGUCAAAUCUGGCAGGACGUGCCAAGACUUGGGCACUGGGGCUCAAGCUGCACGACCCAUACGCGUUUGGGUCGUUGGAAGUCUUCAAGUCGCGGCUCAGACAAACGUUUGAACCGCCUAGAGCUGAGUUCAGGGCUCGAACCGAACUCUUGAAGCUCAAGCAGGGGUCUUGCGGAUGGUCCCGUCAAGACUCACCUGUUCCGGCUUGA